GGCGACCACUUCCUACCCAAAUUUACAACACACUGUACUUCUUCCACUCUCUCUCAUCACAUCGUUGUUUUACUCUCUCUCUCUCUCUCUCUCUCUCUCUACACCAAACAUAUACAUACAGAUAUAUGAAUAUACAUGCAUUGUUAGUGAAAUCAAAACCCUAGAACACAUUGGAUCGAGUUUGGAGAAUCUAUGAAUCGGAAUCUAUGAUCGGCAUUAUCAAUCGACGGUUUGGUCGAAGCUAAUCGGACUUGUUUUCGUAGCUUUUAACGGCGUUUGAUCUCAGAGAGGGAGAGAUGUAUAAGAACCAGCUGCAAGAGCUGGCCCAGAGGAGCUGCUUUAAUUUGCCGUCGUAUACCUGCAUAAGAGAAGGUCCAGAUCACGCACCGCGGUUCAAGGCGGCUGUUAAUUUUAACGGCGAGACGUAUGAGAGCCCUAACUACUGCACGACUUUGAGGCAGGCGGAGCACUCUGCCGCGGAGGUGGCUCUUAAUGAACUUGCGUGUCGAGGUCCUUCUAAUUCUUUGGCUGCUAGGAUACUGGAUGAAACCGGGGUGUAUAAGAAUCUUUUGCAAGAGGUUUCUCAAAGGGUAGGGGCGUCAUUACCAACAUACACAACUUUUAGAUCAGGCCUUGGUCAUUUGCCUGUUUUCACCUGCACUGUAGAAUUGGCUGGCUGUAUAUUUACAGGAGAACCAGCCAAAAACAAGAAACAAGCUGAAAAGAAUGCUGCCAUGUCAGCAUGGUCUUCUCUAAAACUUUUAACACAGCAAUCAGAAAGCUUGUCAUUGCAAAAAGGAAACACAGAAGAGCAAGAGCAUGUUAUUGUGGCACGUGCUUUACAAAAAUUCAGAUUAAAAGCUAGAAUGACUAAUAUACCCUUCCCAAUCCGUUUUCCAGUUCCAAAACCAAAAACACACUCCACACAACCUCCUCCCUCCACAACUUCAAAAAUCCUUCCCUUAAUAUGCCCCAAAAUGGGUCAAACCCGUAGGAAAGACAAUAACGCCCCUCAAAAGCAAUUCGGAGUUCCCACCGCCAACGAACUGCCACCGCCACCGGACCACCGCGUGCACAAGUUUCCGGCGAUCGGAGCCGCACCGUAUAUCCCUGUCCGGCACUUCCGGCCGACUCACUGUGGAAUCGCGCCACCGGUGACUAUCCGCAACACGAUCCCGGUCUUCUCCGCUCCGCCACUUCCGCCGCCACGUAUGGCCGGAGCACCGCCGCAGUUUGGGAGGCCGCCAGCUAUGUGUGGCGGUGGAGGUGGAGCACCUCCGGUCACCAUCCGACAGGCGGUUCCUGCGUUCUCGGGUUCUGAAUCAAAGGAGAAUGUUGGAGCUUCUGUUAUGAAGCCGGUUGCCAUGUCAGCAUUAGUGACAGAAGAUAAAGAGAGUAAAAGUAAAUUAGGAGAGACUCCAACAGGAAAUGAAGAGGCUAGUGUUAGCAAGUCGCUAGAGCCUGGAUUUAAGGGGCUACAGAUUUGAAGAAAAAAAAAAGGAAUGUGUUUUAGGAUUUUGUAGUGGUUAUUUUUUUUUUUCGUUGGAUAUUUUGGGCCUACUUGUUUUUGUGUUAAUUAAGCUGAUUACAGUUCAUAUUUGGAUCAAUUAAAACAAGUGGUCAGCAUCUUGUUCAUUGACCAACGGGAUAUGUUAAUGCUAAUGCUUA